AGGAUUAUGUGACUUGCCUAACUAAGGUCACACAGUGACUCGGUGGCAGAACACUCAAAUUCGGCUCUCCUCAUUUCCAGCCUCUGGUUAGGUGGGCUCCCUGAAGACCAAACUAGGGAAGGGUUCUAGGUGGGGCGGGGUCGGAGAAGAAUGGGGGCGUAAGGAUGCAGCUACCCUUGGCUUCCUCAGUUGCCCUCGGCCGAAGCCCCGAAGCCCCAAGCCGGCCUGAGCCCGUUCUCCCUUCCAGAGGCUCCCUCGCCUGACCAGGCCGGUAACUCCCCGCAGUCGGGCGGCAGCGCGUGCGCCGCGGAGAGAGAGGCAGGCAGCAAGCGGGCGCGGGCGCUGCGGGCAGAGCCAGGCGGGCGAGCCGGAGCAGCCGCGAGCCAGGCGCUCUCUGCACGCGCGCCUCCAACGCGGGGGGAAUCCAAGAGGGGGCGGGAACGGAGGCGUGCGAGGGAGCAUCUGGCCGCUCCUGGGCCCUGAAGGAUGAAGCGGCGCCAGGCAUCCCACCUGGGCGAGCCUGUGACCCCAGAUCUACUGAUGACCCCUAGCGAUCAGGGUGAUGGAGACCUGGAAAUAGACUUCACUGCAGAUCGUGGAAAUUGGACAGGGAAACUGGACUUCCUCCUCUCCUGCAUCGGCUAUUGCGUAGGCCUAGGCAAUGUCUGGCGCUUCCCUUAUCGUGCUUACACCAACGGAGGAGGUGCCUUUCUUGUUCCCUAUUUCAUCAUGCUGACCAUCUGUGGCAUCCCCCUCUUCUUCCUGGAGCUCUCUCUGGGCCAGUUCUCUAGCUUGGGUCCACUUGCUGUCUGGAAGAUCAGCCCUCUCUUCAAAGGUGUUGGCGUGGCCAUGCUCAUCAUCGUCUCCCUGGUGGCCAUCUAUUACAACAUGAUCAUCGCCUACGUCUUGUUCUACCUCUUCGCCUCCCUAACCAGCCACCUGCCCUGGCAGCACUGUGGUAAUUGGUGGAACACAGACCUCUGCCUGGACCACCAUGCAAUGAGAGAAGCCAAUAGCACGAUGCCCCUCAACCUCUCUAACACCGUCAGCCCCAGCGAAGAAUACUGGAGCCGAUAUGUUCUCCACAUCCAAGGGAGUACAGGCAUCGGAGAUCCAGGUGAGAUUCAAUGGAAACUCUGUCUCUGCCUCUUACUCUCAUGGGUCAUCGUCUUCCUCUGCAUCCUCAAGGGAGUAAAAUCCUCUGGCAAGGUAGUGUAUUUUACAGCCACCUUCCCAUACCUCAUCCUUCUCAUGCUGCUAAUUCGGGGAUUGACACUUCAAGGUGCCUGGCGAGGAAUACAGUUCUAUCUCACACCCCAAUUUGAUCACCUUCUAACCUCCAAGGUAUGGAUUGAGGCAGCUUUGCAGAUCUUCUAUUCCCUGGGGGUGGGCUUUGGGGGCCUCCUUACCUUUGCCUCUUACAACACCUUUCACCAAAAUAUCUACAGAGAUACAUUCAUUGUUACCUUGGGCAAUGCAAUCACCAGCAUUCUGGCUGGUUUUGCCAUCUUCUCUGUGCUGGGAUACAUGUCUCAGGAGCUGGGAGUCCCUGUGGACCAAGUAGCCAAAGCAGGGCCUGGCCUGGCAUUUGUGGUCUACCCCCAGGCCAUGACGAUGCUCCCCCUGUCACCUUUCUGGUCUUUUCUCUUCUUUUUCAUGCUGCUGACCCUUGGCCUGGACAGUCAGUUUGCCUUCCUAGAAACUAUCGUGACAGCUUUGACGGAUGAAUUUCCUUACUACCUUCGGCCCAAGAAGGCCAUCUUCUCUGGGACCAUCUGUGUGGCUAUGUUUCUGAUGGGCCUCAUUCUCACCACAGACGGAGGCAUGUACUGGUUGGUCCUGCUGGAUGACUACAGUGCUGGCUUUGGACUCAUGGUGGUGGUGAUCACAACCUGCCUCACAGUCACCCGGGUGUAUGGUAUCCAAAGGUUUUGUCGGGACAUUCACAUGAUGCUGGGCUUCAAACCUGGUCUGUAUUUUAAGGCCUGUUGGAUGUUCCUGUCUCCAGCCACCUUGAUGGCACUGCUGGUAUACAGCAUUGUGAAAUACCAACCCUCGGAAUAUGGCACUUACCGGUUCCCAUACUGGGCAGAGCUCCUGGGCAUCCUGAUGGGCCUCCUGUCUUGCAUAGUGAUUCCUGCUUGCAUGCUAGCUGCUGUGCUCAGGGAAGAGGGGACAUUGUGGGAGAGGAUCCAGCAAGCCAGUCGACCGGCCAUGGACUGGGGUCCUUCUCUGGAGGAGAACAGGACAGGCAUGUAUGUGGCCACCCUGGCAGGUAGCCAGUCCCCCAAGCCUCUGAUGGUCCACAUGAGGAAAUAUGGUGGCGUCACCAGCUUUGAGAACACAGCCAUUGAAGUGGACCGGGAGAUCGAAGAAGAGGAAUCCAUGAUGUGAGGGAGGGGGAGCAGGGCCCCUGGGACAGAGGACAGUUGAGGGCAGUUACUAUGGGCCCCACAGGCCCUUCCCCUUGAGCAGGGUAAUACUGUGGGCCUGAAACAACUGUCCCAGAGCCUAGAGGCUGUGUGGAUAUGUUCCUGUGGGUUCCUGGGAGUAAAUGGGGCAGGAUAUCUUAGCUGUGGUCAGAAUUCAGGCCCUGUCCUGCUUGAUUUGCUUUCCAUCCUCUCUGUCCACACAUCUCCUUUGGGCCCAGGUCACCCACAAAACAUCAUUCCUGACUUCUCCCAUUCCCUCAUCUGGACUUUCCUGUGGCCCCCAAAAAACUGCCCCAAAUCUAUGCUGCAGCAAGGAAUCUCUCCAUUGGGACCUGCAGGACAGGGCAGGGAAGCCCACAGAAAUGUUUGGAGCAGGGGUUUAGAGCAGCCAUUGACUUGCUAGCAACUUGGGUCAUCUAGCCGUCUUUUCAGCUCUGAGGCUGACGGAUCUAAGGGAAAUCUUUGACCUUUUCAGUUUCCCAGUGGACUGGGCCCUGGCUAUUCCAUUCACUGAGCAUUUCCUGUAAGCCCAACCUUGUACUAGAUUGUGGGCAAUAAAGGGAUGUAUUGGAUAUGGUCUCUGUUCCCAAGAGCUUACAGUAAAGCUGGAGAAAUAAGAAGCAAGCAAACAAAUAUGCCAGAUUUCUAUGGUCAGUGCAAUAGAAAUUCAGAGGGAGGAGAGAUGGCAAUCUGAAUGAUUUAGGGAAAAUUCCUAGAGGAUGCAGGGAUUGAGAUGGACUUCUAGGGAUAAGUACAGUUUGGCUAAGGAUUAGAAUGAAGGUUGGUAGCAAGUGCAGGCAGAAGAAACAACCUGAGCUAAAAGUCUGGGACAGGGAAGAAACUUAUCUGACUAGAAGGAGAAGAUGAACUUAAAUGGAGGAAGGAAAGGUGUAAAAAAGAACCUGAAGUGCUAGGAGGAGACAAUUAGGGAGCCAUUGAAGAUAUUGUGGGCAUUAGGAAGUUGAAUGUUUCUAUACAAAUUGAACUGGAGGAAGGAAAAGGAAAAGUAGAAUUAAAGAAGUAAGCUUAGGCAAGAAGGGUCUCCAGCAAUGAUGCUGUCUGGAACCCAGACCAGAAGAAUCUGAGAUGAAAGGUCCAUAUAUGGCCUCUCACCUAUGCUGUCAGGGAUCAUUAUUGAUCAUAAAUCACAUUCCCCAUAGCAACUGUUCCAGAUCUUCUCUUCCAACCUCCAUUCCUCCUCCCACGUUUAGAGCAGAUGAUUUAGCCUCCCACUCCCCUGAAAAGUUUGAGGCCUUCGGAUAGGAGCUUCCCUUCUGAUUUCUCCUGACUUCUCCCCGCCCCCGCGCCGCCCCCCCCCCCCAAAAAAAGUAGUAUUCCUCAUUUUCUAUGAAAGCUAAUCCUAUGGUCCUGUGCUCUUGCUUCCUUCUCCAGGCUGUCCCUUAGGAAUCACCCAUUGUUCUUCAGACAUCUUCACUCUUUUCGUUGGCCUCUUUCCAAGACCCUCCAAACAUUCUCCAAGCUCCCUGAAACUCAGAGUCUCUUCCUGGCCCCUCACCCCCUCUGACCAAGGUUUCUUCUCUCCCCUUCCCUUCACUGCCAAAUUUAUUGAAGCAGUUGUCCACAUGCAUGGCUCCCAUUCCUAACCACCCACUCUCUUCUCCACCCUCUGCAAUCUGGCUUGUGUCAGUGACCUCCCAGUCACUGAAUCAAAUGGCCUUUUACAUUCCUCCUUGUCUUUGACCUCCCUAAAGGGUGUGGCACUUAACCAUUCCCUCCCACCUAAAUGACCCCUCCUCCCUUGGUUCCCAGUACACUGCACUCUCUUACCUUUCUCCCCACUUUUGUCUCUAUGGAGUUCAGUCCUCAUCAAAGGUUCUUAAACGUGUGUGCUCCCCAAGGAUCUCUGCCCCAUCUUCUGUUUCCUCCUUAUCCUUCUUCUGUGCUGAUUUCUACUCCUCUCCCAUUGAUUACCUCCAUACCAAGAACCUGAGAAUCUACAUCCCCGGCUUCUUACUCUGUGCUUCAGACCCACGUCUAUCUAGGUGGGUAAAAUAUGUCUCCAUGCCCCAGCAGCCUCAAAUUCAGCUUGGACAAACGACACCCCCCUCCACCCCCACCCCCCCCACACACAUACACCGGAGUUCUUUUCCUCCUAACUUCAUUAUUUUGGUCAUUAAAUUCAUUGGACAUGAGAAGAAUCAUCUUCUGCAUUGAGCAGGCAGCUAUACAUGGGUUAUAUUGGAGAUGGGGGCAAAGGAGAUCUCAGUUUGCUUUGCCUCAGUUGAGUCCUGUUCUCCCAUGUCCUAACCUCAGGGUUAUUUUUCACUCUUCCUUCUCCCAUCACAUUUUCCAAAGGUUCUAAAUCCUUUUCAAUUCUACCUCUGUGAUAUCUUUUGCCUCAGUCUCCUUCUCAGUUCUGUUGCCACCAUCAUAUACAGGCCCUCUUUCCCAUCCAUUUAGCCUACUGCAAUAACUGCUUCCUACUUCUACUGUGUCCUCCUCUCAGUCCCUCUUUUCACUCCCUUCAUAAAUUAAGUUAUGUCACCUUUCUGCACAAAAUUUCUGCCCAAUACAAUUCUGAUUGGGGGCAGCUAGGUGGCACAGUGGACAGAGUUUUGAGACUGGAAUCAGGAGGAUCCAAUUUCAAAUGUGACCUCAGAUACUGCCUAGCUGUGUGAUCCUGAAUAGGUCACUUAGUCCUGUUUGCCUCAGUUUCCUCAUCUGUAAAAUGAGCUGGAGAAGGAAAUGGCAAAUUGGUCCAGUUUCUUUGCCACAAAAACUCCAAAUGGGGUAAUAAGAGUCGGAUAUGAGUAAAAUGACUAAUAACAAAAAAUUCUGAUUUAUUUGCCUGAUCUUCUAGACAACUUCCCUUACUUAGAACCUGGUACACUGCACUUACUAUACCUUACUAUAACAUAUUGGACUGUUCAGCACUCUCCAAACAUCCUCCAUGCUUUCCUGUUUCCAUGCUUUUACUCAUAGAGGGAAGAACUUGGUCCCUUCCUCAACCAUGGGGAAAGUCAAAUGGGCCCUUUCCCUGGAGCAGGGUGAGGCUGUGAAAGCUAAGUGUACAAGACCCACCUAUUGGAUUUCUAGUCAUUCAUGAUGUCUCCUCCUCUAAAAAGCCUUCUCUAAUGCCCUUAUUUCUCUUUCUGGCCCAUCUCAUAGCACUUGGUACUCUCCUGAUGUACUUCUGUAAUAUUUUACAGAAAUAAUUUGUCAAAAGGGUCCCAUGCCAGAUUUAUGUCUCUCAUCUGAGGAUCAACCCAGCUAAAAGUUGAAGACUCAUCACUUGCCUGAUAAGGCAAGGAGAGGAUGUGAUGUAUUGAUAUGUAGAUCAAUAUUAAGGAAAUCUCAGCAUUUUUGGAGUAACUAUAUAUAUAUAUAACAUUUGAAAACAUUAUUUCCUUCCUCUGAACUGUAAGCUCUACAAGGUUGGGGGCCAUGUUUUCUUAAUUUUGCAUCCCACUCAGCACCCAGUGCAGAACACUGUUCACAGUUGGUGCUUAAUAAAUGUCUCUAGAGUUGGGUGAACUCAGAUGACAUCCAUUCUCCCACAACAGUAAUCCAGUUUUGGGCCUCUCUUCCAUAUACUAUUUCCCAGCCCCAAGCUCUAAGCAGUUUGUGUAGUCAGUGAUGCUAAGGGGCUGCUCCUCCUUCCUCAUCUCUGUGGCCACAAUGUCCCAAAAACCAGACAAGAAUUCCCUGGCCAGAUUGUUGUCCAUGCUUGGCAAGAGGAGGGCGGUUGUCCAAGAGAGUAGCAUGGAUGAGAAUAACUUAGAGGAAGAACCCACUCUAGGACAUCCAUGGGAGAUGCUCCCUUGCCAACCAAAGGGCAUCCUGGCAGAAGCUUUGCCCAGUUCAGGGCUUCUGCCCAAUCUCAAUCUCUGAGGGAGAAAUAUUGAGAGUACUAAAUGGAAAGAAGGAAUCCAGAACCCAAUGUCCUUAUCCCAAUACUUUGGGCAUUUCUCAUUCUGUCGAGGAAGGGAUAUUUAAGCCCCUUGAGCUAUUGGGACCUGGUAGGAGGGUGCAUGUGUCUGCAAGGCAACUUGUUUUUUAUAAAUGGUGUUAUACAAGGGGUGCAGGGCACUCUCAAGGUAUUGUUGAACAGUGCAGUUGUGGUCUCCUGUGAAUCAUAUCAUAUUCCCUGAUGUGUUCUGUUCUUUUGGUUGUCUGUGUUCUGUUAGUUCAGUGUUAAUAAACACUCAGUGAGUAACCUUCUGGAA